GGACGGAGACAAAGGAAGAUUCAUGUCCAAAGGGCUCCCAGAGACCAGGACGGACGCAGCCAUGUCAGAGCUGGUGCCCGAGCCCAGGCCUAAGCCGGCAGUGCCCAUGAAGCCCGUGAGCAUCAACUCCAACCUGCUGGGCUACAUCGGCAUCGACACCAUCAUUGAGCAGAUGCGGAAGAAGACCAUGAAGACCGGCUUCGACUUCAAUAUCAUGGUCGUCGGUCAGAGUGGACUGGGCAAGUCAACAUUACUCAACACUCUCUUCAAGUCCCAAGUGAGCCGCAAGGCUGCCAGCUGGAACCGAGAGGAGAAGAUUCCCAAGACAGUGGAGAUCAAAGCCAUUGGGCAUGUGAUCGAGGAAGGCGGUGUCAAGAUGAAGCUGACUGUCAUUGACACCCCAGGCUUUGGAGACCAGAUCAACAAUGAAAACUGCUGGGAGCCCAUUGAGAAGUACAUCAAUGAACAGUACGAAAAGUUCCUGAAGGAGGAAGUGAACAUUGCCAGGAAGAAACGCAUCCCUGACACUCGCGUCCACUGCUGCCUCUACUUCAUCUCUCCCACGGGACACUCCUUGCGACCACUCGAUCUGGAGUUCAUGAAACAUCUCAGCAAGGUGGUGAACAUUGUCCCUGUCAUUGCCAAGGCUGAUACCAUGACCCUGGAGGAGAAGUCUGAAUUCAAGCAAAGGGUUCGCAAGGAGCUUGAAGUAAACGGCAUUGAGUUUUAUCCCCAGAAGGAAUUUGAUGAAGACUUGGAGGACAAAACCGAGAAUGACAAAAUCAGGCAGGAGAGUAUGCCCUUCGCAGUGGUGGGAAGCGACAAGGAGUACCAAGUGAAUGGCAAGAGGGUCCUCGGCCGAAAAACCCCCUGGGGCAUCAUCGAAGUGGAAAACCUCAACCACUGUGAGUUUGCCCUGCUUCGAGACUUUGUCAUCAGGACCCAUCUCCAGGACCUCAAGGAAGUGACACACAACAUCCAUUAUGAGACCUACAGGGCCAAGCGGCUCAAUGACAAUGGAGGCCUCCCUCCGGGAGAAGGCCUCCUCGGCAAUGUCCUUCCACCUGUGCCCGCCACCCCCUGCCCCACUGCUGAAUGAAGGCCAUUUCAAGCUGCUUCUCCCUCCAUUCCUCUCAGCCGUUAUUGCUGCAGGGCCAAGCCCUU